AUGAAACAUUUAGUAACAACACAAAUAAAUGUCACGAAUAGGUGUGAUUCCAAAAGGUUAGUGGGAAAAAGACUAGGGGCUAAAAAGUGGGUUUUGCAUUUUUCCACUAAGGAUAACUACUGUAGUAGUAUAUUCGAUUUAAUAGCCAAGAAGAGGGAAGAAUUAUCGAAAAAAUGUAAAAACGGAGUUUUUGAAGAACCAAAAAGGGUGUGGAGAAAUGAUCCUCCAUCACAGGUAGUUCCUUCCAUAACAAGAGAACAUGAUGAUGGAAGAAAUGCACAACUUAGAAUGAAAGAAGGAAAAGAAGAAAAGGCACCAUGGGAAGAAAGGACUAGAAUGAAAAAAGAAUCACUAUACAAGGUAAAUAAUUGCAUUACUAAUGAAAGAAGUUUAGACGACUUGCGCAAGGUCGAGGGUUGUGUAAUAGGGACAGAAGAGAACAUAUACAACAAUAAAGCGUACAUUCUGAAAUAUAUAAAGCAGUUGCAACCGAAUGAUGACUUGGGGAAGUAUAGAUUUAUAACAAAAUAUAUAAUGAAUAAUAUACGUGAAUUUUACGACAAUGAAAUAUUAUUUAUUUUGAAAAUAUUUUCUAAGAGGAAAUAUAAAAAUUUACCUUUCCUUCAAUGUACAAGUGAAUAUUUUUACUGGUUAUGUAAACUAAAUAAAGGAUCCAAAAAAAACAUAUCAUAUUACCUCCAUUUUUGUAGUAUACUUAAUUAUAUCCCAACUAUGAAAUAUAUACAUGUAUAUACAAAAUUAUUUAACUACUGUGAAGAUGAAAUACAAGACAAUAAUUUCUUUAUUUUUAACAUGCUUGAAGAAGAAACGAAUGCAUACCAUAAAGAUUUGAAGUAUAUUAUUAUGGUGUUGUUUUUUUUAAAUAAGGGGAAUAUCAAGAAUAAGACAUACGAUACGUUGCUAUAUAUGUGUUGUUAUUACUCAAGUCAUUUAUCAUUGAAAAAUACUUUUCUUUUGUUAAAAAUUGUUCUAAAUGAAGAAAAUAAUAAAUACAAUUUUGAUUAUAUAAGAACAAUUCAUAAAAAUAUAGAAAGGCAUUUCGAUUCCAUGUGUCAAGUAAAUUUCAUUAACUAUUUUAAUAUCCUCCUACAAAAUCAUGUCCACAUGGAACAAACCUUUUUUGUAUUUAUUCGAAAUUAUGUAGAUAAAUUUAAAUCAGAUCUAUCGCGAAAUUCUGUUAUUCCUAUUUUGAAAAUGUUAAAAAGAGUAAAAUUUAAAGACACGAUUAUUUUAAAAAAACUCCUAACUGUUGUAAGUGCAAAUUUUUAUGACUAUAGUUAUGCAGAUAUAGUAUACAUUGUAAAAAUGAUAACACUUUUAAAUUAUUUUGAUGAACGUUUUUUUUAUUUCCUUUUCGAUAAAUUUGUGCCUCCCGAUAAUGAGGUUGACAUGGGUACAUACUUUCCAAAGUGGAGGCACGCUACUCUUAACUGUGACCGUUACAUACAGGGUGCAGUGGGGGUGGGAAUAGGAGAAGGCGGAGGAAGAAGACGAAUGGAAAUAUCGAACGAACGGGAACGAAGUCCCCAUUUGCAGAAUGAACAUAUUUAUUUUUAUUCGUCCAAAGGGUUAUUACAUAAUAAUUACGGAUCUGAGAAGAGGAGACCAUUCUUCACAAACCAUGAGAGGCAAGUAGACGAUAUAGGACGUUCUUCUGGUUAUUCCCACUGUAACCCGUUUGAAAAGACGAAUUUUGAGAUGGCGAACAUGAUAGAAGGGAUUCGCCCAAAUGAUUGUGGAGAAAGAGUACAGAAAAAGAAAGCUAUCAACGAAUUGUCUCAUUUACCACUACAUUUAUAUGAACAAAAGGUCAAAAUGAAAAUAAACAUUUCUAACAUAAUGGAAGAAAAAGUAGAGAUAGCAAAACCUCCAAAUGGGAACAAACUGUCGUAUGGUCUGGAGUACAUAGAAAUGUAUCUUAAUUUGUUUCUGUAUCUAGGAAUAUGUGGGUUCAGGAGUAUGCCGUUACUCAUACGUCUAUCCAAAAUGAUAAAUCUUUGUUUGCUUAUGAACCGUGAUACGAGUAGUAGUCUAACUAAUUCUUUUUCCCUAUGCAAUAUCAGACAUAAAGAAUACUACCACCAAGGGAUAGAGGAAACCAAAUUUGUGACGAUACAUGACACUAUUAAGAAAAUUAAAAAUGAAUUAAAUUCUACGCUAGGAUUGAAGAAAAGUUCCUCUGAGCUCAGUGCAGAUAUGAACUAUUUACUUCCAUCAAAAGAGCAAACCAAGGGCUACAGCAAAAAUGAUGAAAUUAAGGGUGGCCACAGUCUGGACAAAAGGCGAGGUGGCUAUGAAAGUGGAUGUAAAGUCAGCCUCCAAAGUGAUUGCCAACGUGAGUGCCAAAGUGAGUGCCAACGUUUCCUUCAGAACCAGGGCUCUGCUCACAGGGAGGGAAGAAAAUCUUGUAUGCGAUUCGUGUACCCGGAGAAUGAAAAAUUAAAUUUUGAAAAUUUGAAAAAGAAAAAAAUAAAAUCAAAUUUGCAUAAGGAAGAAAAAGAUGAAGAAGACAAAAUCCUCAGUUUAAAGUACCUAAACGUGGAUCUGUUUCGAAAAAGCAAAUUGCUUAAGAACCCCAGAAAAGGAAAUUGUGUAACCCUGAAGGAAGGGUCCCACGAGAGGAUAGGAAGAACAAAACAAAACUCUAUUGUUGCAAAAAUUUUCGGAAAUUUUCACCCAGCCCUAAUUCGCCUGCACAACCGCAGGCUCUUCCGCAGGAACUUCGACGAAAUGUACCAAAGUGAGAGAUACACGGAAAAGGUGAUCCCCAAGAGACAUGUUAGGAUAAAAGGCGUGAAUUUCUCAAAUGAUUUACAAUUAACAAAAUAUAGAGAAAUAAAAAAUUUACGAAAUGUAUGCUUGAAUAGAUAUAGCAACAUGUUUGGAGAGACAUCAGACAAAGUACUUGAGUAUAUAAAUAAAAUUUAUCAAAUAGAUGAAUCAAAAGAGGAUAAGAAAACCGAGAUGUUUGAUAUGACGUCAGAUAAUAAAGUAAUCCAUGUAGAUGAUGCAUUAUUCGUUGAUUAUAGUCUGUGUGCAAAUAAAGGGAAGAAAAAGGCAUUAAGUAGACAUAGAAAUAUGGUGAAAAAAAGUAAUAGAAUAACACACAAGGAAUACACAAGAGAAGGGGUUGAUAAAAGACCUCCGAAUGUUACAACAGAAGAUUAUUCUCAUCCAAAUGGAGAUUUAAUUAAAUGGUUGUAUAGGUAUAAAAACAAUUUAAAAUGUUUUUUUUAUGAGAAAGGGUUAAAUAUUAUUCACCUCCUUGAUGGUGAUAUAAAAUUUUUGGAGGAAUGUGUACAGGAUUUGUAUAAAAGGAAUGAAACAACAACAAGUAGUAAUGGAAAAUCGAAUGAUUGCGUUGAAGAUGAAAAGGUUAAAAUAAGUCUCAAAUAUAUAGCUCUUCUUACAAAUUCUUGUGUGAAUUUAUACUAUUUUGAUGAAAAGUUAAUUGAUAUGUUAGUGUUUCAUGUAUCUGAAAUAACGAAUUUGUUUUAUUUAACUCAGAGUUGUAAAGAAAAAAAAAUAACAAGAAAUGAAGAUAGUAUGCCAUGUCAUGCUUUUGAGAAAGGGUAUUCCUAUUUGUACCUUUUUAAAAAUAUGUGCAAAUUUUUAACAGCAUGUUUGCAAAUGAAUUGUUUUAUGAAAAAUAUAUUAUCCUUGGAUCAUCGAUAUGAAACAAUAACAAAAUUAGUGCACAUAAGCACAAGUUCAUAUAUAUUUUAUAAUUUAAAGAAUAUCACAUAUUUAAUGAACCAUCUGAAUGCUAACUUCAUCAAACAAGAGAAGGUAUCUUAUUUAAUAAAAAGGUUUCUUUUAUAUUAUUUAGACAUAUCAAUAAUUAUAAAUCUUUUCUUCAUUUUUUGUAAAAAAUUAUUUAUUCUGAUGUCCACCAAUUGUCAAGAUUUUCUGAACAACAAUUUGGAACUCUUUCAUUUAUUUACCUAUACCAUGUUAACAUUUUACAUCGCUUACUCAAAUGAGCGUAUAAAAAAUUUACACAAUUUAACUUCCACAUCCUUCCAUUUGUGCGCAUGGACUGAUCGUGCAUAUAUACAAGAAGCAAAAUUCUUAUCUUGUAUAAAUUUCUACGUCAUGUUUCUUUCUGCCAUAUCUUCGGAAAAAAAAAAAAAAAAAAAAACACACACACAGACACAGACACAAAAACAAACACCGUACCUUCCUUUGAGGGCUGUGCAAAAUGGCAAUUCUACAAUUUGUGGGGAGUCACAAAAUGGGGAAAGCGUGGAAAACGAAGAAAACGCAAGGAGUUGUCAACAUCAUCGCAAAUUCAAAAGUUUUGAUACGAGCUCUGAUGUUAUUCAAAUCAGUCUUAGCCCCACGGGGUGGGAUAGAGAAAAAAAUAUAAAAAUAAAUAAUUCCUGUGAAUUGCACAUGGAUAUGUACACUGUUUUAGCCUUAUCACUUAAAUAUAUAAAAUUAAUGAGUAAGGAAAAAUUUUUUUUGCGUCACAAGAAUGGGAAGAAUAAGGAUCAUAGGCACCUGUACAACAUUUUGCAGUUUUAUUACAUUUUCAAAAAAAUCAUUAGAAAGAAAAAUGUAAAUUACAUAAAUGAAGAAACAUACCAUGAAAUGUUUCCUUCAUUUGUGAUUAAAUUGUUGAACGAAAAACGAAUAAAAGAAAUUUCCAUGGAUCAGUUAUUUCCCGUUAUUCAACAAGAACAACAUUAUCAUCAUUCGAAGCAUGCCACUUCUAAUGUUAAUAUUGAAAAUACAGUCAUUUAUAAUUAUUUCUUCCAUUUAUUUUUUGAAUAA